AUGGCAUCAUCCUCCAUCUUCCCCUUCCACGUGGGCGAGGCUUCAAAUGAACGCGUAAAGCUCAUUCCCUUCAACCCAGACCAACACUGCGAAACCUUCUUCCGCAUAUCAUCGCCCCAUCCCGAGAUAUACACACACUUACCACUACUACCCCCGGCUUCAGCAAUCGAACUCAAAUCCCUCUUCUACAGUAAUUCCACGAGCCAUAUUCUGUCUUUCUCCAAUCCAGAGUCAUUCGCCUUUGCCAUAAUAGACAAGACGCAGCCGCCGUCCCCAGAAGACUCUGAAGGUGAACUGGCUGGCACUGUGAGCUUUAUUCGCACAUCGCCGACGAACCUGUGCACAGAGAUUGGAUUCAUUGUCGUCCUGCCUCCGUACCAGGGAACCCAUGUGGCAACUAAUGCUGUUGGACUCGCUCUACAGCUUGCAUUUGACUCCGCGGAGAACGGAGGCCUUGGAUUGCGCAGAGUACAUUGGUCGGCUAGCACGAUGAACCUUGCUAGUGCUCGACUUGCGCAGAGGAUGGGAUUUGAGAAGAUCGGGAUCAUCCCUUGGCAUAUGCGGUUUGUAAAAGGGAAGCUAUAUGGGAAAGUUGGAAAUGGCAGGGAGUUGCCGCCUGGAAGCGAUCCUGAGGAUCUGUGGAGAGACACGUUGAGUCUUACUCUGGGAUGGGAUCGGUGGGAAAAUGGCGCCAGACAAAGGGUGGUGACGGCUAUGGAGAGAUGA